UGGUGUUUUUCAGUUAUGGAGCAAUAUGUCAACCAGCCGCUAGUCACUCGUGAUCUUCGGAUUCUGCUGAUCGGUAAAACUGGUUCAGGAGUGAGCGCUUCUGGAAACACUAUCCUGGGAGAAAAUGUGUUUCCAUCCAGGCGGAGCCUGACCUCCAUCACUGACAGAUGCCAAAAACACACGGCUGAAGUGUCAAACAGAAGAGUUACUGUACUGGAUACACCAAACUUCUUUAAUUCAUCUGACAUUGAUCUGAGUGUGGAGUUAAAGAGAGGACUGAACAUGUGCUCUCCAGGAAUCCAUGUGAUCCUUCUGGUUCUCCCUUUACACACUUUCACUCAGCAAGACGCAGAUACUGUGUUCUUAUUCAAGCAGAUGUUUGGAGAGAAGGCCAUGAAACACACAUUUGUCCUCUUCACACAUGGAGACGAGCUUCAGAAUCAAUCUCUUGAUCAACUAAUAAGACGAAACGCAGAGCUGUCCAAACUAACAGAGGAGUGUGGAGGAAGAUUUCACCUGCUGAACAACAAAGAUCUGAACAACAGAGAUCAGGUCACCAAACUCCUGAUGAAGAUCCAACGAAUGGUGUAUGACAAUGAGAACAGCUGCUACACUUUACAGAUGUUUAAAGAUCAGUCGCUCAGAGUAUUUCUGCUGAGAUUUAUGAAGCCCAAAUACCUGUAUGCAGUCAGUGUUGUCAUUGUGUUUGCAUUGAUUUAUGUUAACAUUGGGGCGUGAGAUUAAGCAAUCGCACUCUGCCAUUCAGUGUUCUCCUGUGUUUAUUAGGGAGUCACUUUAAUUAUAAUUAGUCACCAUAAUGGGUCGGUCUAUAUCCCUUUUAGCUGCCCCACCAAAAAAAAAAAAGGCAUUUGAAAAAUUGUUUGUUUGCAUUUCUUAUCUACUUAUGUCGCUAGUUAUCACACUCAAUAUAUAUAUAUUUUUUUCAACACAUCCCAUAAUUUUUAAAAUAUCGGCCUCUACCAAAUGGUUGAUAUGUCACUUUAUGGUAAAGUACCGAAUUCAUACACAUGCUAUGGAAAUCAGAAAAUAUGAACUACAAUACUAAUUUAUUUAAAAACAAUCAAAAUAAAAUAGUUUCGUAUAUUGAAUCUUUAGUUAUUGAAGUAUGCCAUAAAAUAGUUCAGGUUUUCAUUUUAACACAGGAAAUGAUAUGUUUUCUUGUUUUUUAACAAUAAAAAAAAAACAAACAAAAAACACACAAAUAACUAAAAGUAACAAAAAAUGUCUCAGGUUACGUAUGUAACCAUUGUAGUGCCUCGUUCAACAAAGAUUACCAAAUGACUUUGACCAAAUACUAAUUUUGGACAAUGAUUUACCCCUCCCUGACUUAAUUCUUGUUCCCUCAGGCAACAAACACACAACGAACAUGCAACAGUUGUUCAUUUGUUUCCAAACUCAUUCAGCAUUAAGAGAAGUGGUAACGUGACUUAAGAACAGAGACUAUCUGUUCGAAAGGCCUUCCUGAUCACAAUGAAUUUUAUCGAUCCUCUCACAAGACCGUUUGUAUUAACAAAAUGGAACAGGAAACAUUAAUGGGUCCAAUACAAAUACCUCCUUUGUACUGAGUGAUCGCAUCUGACCCUAUUUUCAACUGAUCUAUUCUUACAGACUCAAUCUCAAAUCUCAAAAGGACAAUCGUUGAGAUCAUUUAAAAGGGUUAACUAUAUUCAGAAUCAUACAUGCUAUGAUGUGAUUUCUAACUAUUGUGUGCAAUAAGUAUGUGCAAGAGGUGUAUCAUGUUUGACUUUGAAUUACAGGAUUUAUUAUUCUCUAUAAUGCUGUGUGCAUGAAACAUUAAAAUUCUGUAUCAGGGAGAUAUUAGGAACUUUAUAAAGUUACUAAUCAAAACAGGAAAAUGUUCCACGAACGUCACAUGAUGCAAUUGUAACGAGUUAAAAGUAAAUACAAGUUGAAUGUAACACAUUGCUUUUUCACUAAAAUCCUUCUAUUGUAUUUUGUAUUUAUUUAUUUCUGUUUUUCUUUGAAUAAUAUAUGUUGAUUCUACUGUUCACUAUUUAGACUUUUAUUUUGACAUUUUCUUCUGGCGCUCUGCUGACGCCAUUUUCAAGUGACUGCGCGCCUCUCGCCAGUUCACAUUGGUUAUGCUGGGGAGAGGAUUGUCUCGUGAAACGCCCACCAGAGUGAGAUAUGAACUUUAUACAUGUUAAUCCACAGGUAUUUCACUUUUAUUGUCUUUCAUGUUCUUUUAUAUUCUUGUACUGUGUUAAUUCUAUAAUGUUUCAGUGUUAAUGUUAUUUUCUCAACUGUUACACAAAAUGAGUUCACAUUGGUUAUGCUGGGGAGAGGAUUGUCUCGUGAAACGCCCACCAGAGUGAGAUAUGAACUUUAUACAUGUUAAUCCACAGGAGUGAAGUUAAUGCUGGCCGUGGCUGUCAUUAAAAUCCCUUUUGGUGAACCGCAUUAGAAGUGUCCUGAGUCUUCUUAAACACAACGCAGAUGAUAGUAACGGCGGUCAGCAACGGACCGGUUACACAAUCAAUGAACAAAGAAGAAACAGUACGGGGCGUGUCUAAGCUCCGUAGCAGCGUCUCAUUGGAGAAUCGCGUCGGAGGACGUGACCAAAGUCUCCCCUUAUAACCAUUAUGCCAAAAAAGCACGCGGCUGACUAUUUUCAUCAAAGAGCCGCGGCUGACAUUUUUCCUCAAACAGCCAUAGCUGAUUUUUCCAUCCAGCAGCCAUAGCUGAUUUUUUUCAUCAAACAGCCGUCACAUCUAGAACUCUGAAACACUCUGUUGAACUUCGUGACCGAAGAUCUCCAAAGCCGAGAGCCGCUCAAGCAACAGACUCUCAGAAGAGUUUUCAGCGCGUCACCAGCCGGCAACUGCCUUCCAAAGCUCCCGCGCAACCCAACGCAGGGCUUCCCCGAGAGACGUCACCUCAAAGACGUUUAACACGAGCCAUGGAACAACCCGAUUACCUCAGCUGUCAAAGCGAACUCAGGUACAAGCAAAAUUCUCUCUCUCUUGCUGGAACUGGUGAAAAUCCUUUAAGCAGAAAGAAUCAAGUCAAAGCUCUGCUUUUGUGAUUUUUCUCAAGUUGCGAUUUUAAUUAUUAGUACUGAAGUUGGGACUUUCUUUAUAACUCAUAUAAACUCCGCGAAUGUCUGUGUGCGUAUGUGUGUGUUUAGCCUUAGUUUCUUGUAAUCAUUAGAAGUAGUUCAAUAAAGUCUUGUUUGAUUUUUCACGCAUACAA